AAAUAAAUCUACUAUAUUCCAACUGUCACAUGUAUGUCUGCUUGCAUCUGUCUCAACCUAUAAAAAUAUAUAUAGAUACAUAUAUACAUACAUUGAUUAAACUAGCCAGAGAGAAAUACACUUCGCAUUUAUAUCUGAAAACCAGUAUUGGAGUUGUGUUAGGUUGCUUGCCGUGUUAAAUUAAUUUAUAAUAAUUUACUUUUCUUAUAAAUAAAAUAGAUAGAUAUAUAGAUUGAUGGGGAAUGGAACAUUCGUUGACGGAGUUCUUAAAUGGUUUCACAAUCACAAUCAUCAUCACAACCGUCGAUCUAAUGAAGAUGGCGGCGGCGGCGUAGAAUCUGAUUCUAAAUCAUCAUUAUCAUCAUCUUCAUCAUCAGAUACGAGUAGUAGUGGAAUUAUUCAGCAACAACAAAAAGAUUUUGAUAUAUCUUUACUUAAGCAUCUUAGAGUUCCAAAACGGAUCGGGUUGAACCCGCCUUCACCUUCUAAACCCAUGGAUCCUCAUAAUAACAAAAAGCUUGAAGCAGAAUUCUUUACCGAGUACGGGGAAGCAAGUAGGUACCAAGUUCAAGAAGUUAUCGGAAAAGGGAGUUAUGGCGUUGUGGGUUCUGCAAUUGAUACGCACACCGGAGAAAAAGUUGCAAUUAAAAAAAUUAAUGAUGUUUUUGAGCAUGUCUCUGAUGCCACUAGGAUUCUUAGAGAAAUCAAGCUCCUUCGCUUGCUCAAGCAUCCGGAUAUCGUAGAAAUUAAACACAUUAUGCUCCCUCCGUCUAGAAGAGAGUUUAAGGAUAUCUAUGUAGUUUUUGAAUUGAUGGAAUGUGACCUCCACCAAGUUAUCAGGGCCAAUGAUGAUCUAACGCCUCAACAUUGUCAGUUUUUCUUGUACCAGCUUCUUCGCGGCCUAAAAUAUAUCCAUUCAGCAAAUGUGUUUCAUCGAGACUUGAAACCCAAAAAUAUUCUUGCUAAUGCUGACUGCAAUUUGAAGAUUUGUGAUUUUGGGCUUGCUCGGGUAUCAUUUAAUGAUGCACCAUCAGCCAUAUUUUGGACGGAUUACGUUGCAACUCGAUGGUAUCGUGCUCCUGAACUCUGUGGCUCUUUUUUCUCUAAAUAUACUCCUGGCAUUGAUAUUUGGGGCAUUGGAUGCAUAUUUGCCGAGAUUCUUAGCGGGAGACCAUUAUUUCCUGGAAAGAAUGUUGUGCAUCAGUUGGAUCUUAUGACUGAUUUGCUUGGAACUCCUUCUGCUGAUUCGUUAGCAAGGAUUCGUAAUGAGAAAGCAAGAAGGUAUCUUAGUAAUAUGCGUAAGAAACCGGCAGUUCCUUUUGUACACAGAUUUCCUAAUGCAGAUCCUUUGGCCCUUCGCCUACUCGAACGCCUGCUUUCAUUUGAUCCAAAAGAUCGACCAUCAGCUGAGGAGGCUCUAGCAGAUCCUUACUUCCAUGGGUUGGCCAAUGUCGAGCGAGAACCUUCAACUCACGCUAUAUCAAAGCUUGAGUUUGAGUUUGAGAGGAAAAAAGUGGCAAAAGAUGAUGUUAGAGAGUUAAUCUACCGAGAGAUUUUAGAGUAUCAUCCUAAGAUGCUUCAGGAGUAUUUAGUUAAUGGAGAACAAACUAGCUUCAUGUACCCGAGUGGUGUUGACCGUUUUAAGCGACAAUUUGCACAUCUAGAGGAGAAUUAUGGUAAAGGCGGGAAAAGUAGCACUCCAUCACUACAACGGCUGCAUGCUUCUCUGCCUAGGGAAAGAGUUCCUGCACCUAAGGCGGACACAUCUGCUAGCCAAGAAAAUGCUAUUGAAAAGCAGAGUACUCCUACAAAGCUUGAUGUCCCUCCGCGACAAUCAGAAAAUGCAGCUGAACCAAUCAGUGCUCGUAGCUUGUUAAAAAGUUCCAGUAUCAGUGCCUCUAAAUGUAUUGGCAACCAAGGAACAAGAGAGGAGGAAGGUGAACAACAAGAGAAGGUUGAUGAUUUAGCCCAAAAAAUGGCAGCUUUAUAACUAAAUGUUGAGGAUAAUGUGGCUAUUGACUCUGUUUCAAGUUGGUUUCUCCAAGUAGUUUAACGUUCAAAGUUGGUGUUGAUAUUUUGGUGAUCUUUUUCGACGGGUCGAGGAUGGAUUUGGUUGCAAAUCAUAAAACAAAGCGACACAAUUUUUGUUACACAUUUGUAUUUAAACUUCUCCAGCAUAAACCAGUCAUUAGGAAGUGUCAAUAUGUUACUUUUUUCUCUCUAAUUGUUUGGAUUAGUUUUUGUUAAAA